GGGAGCGCGCUCGAGCCGCAGGAGCAGCUGGAGCUCGAGCUCGAGCCCGGGGCCGUCCGUUAGUCCGCCCGCUCCCGCCAUCGCCAACCGCCGCCCGCCGCCAUGGCCGAGACCAAGAUCAUCUACCACAUGGACGAGGAGGAGACGCCGUACCUGGUCAAGCUGCAGCUGCCCGCCGACAGGGUGACGCUCGCCGACUUCAAGCUGGUGCUCAACAAGCCCAACUACAAAUUCUUCUUCAAGUCCAUGGACCAGGACUUCGGUGUUGUGAAGGAAGAGAUCUCUGAUGACAACGCCAAGUUGCCCUGUUUCAACGGCAGAGUGGUGUCCUGGCUUGUGUCUGCUGACGGCUCGCAGUCUGAAGCCGCCACUCACCCGGCCAGCAGCGUGGUGGAGGUGGCCCCACCGAUAGAGCGCACGGGUGGAAUAGGAGACUCCAGGCCCCCGUCCUUCCAUGCCAACGUCACCGGCAGCCGGGAGAAUUUGGACAAUGAGACGGAGACAGAGUCGGUGGUCCUGUCGCGGAGAGAGAAACCUCGGAGGAGAGAGAGUAUGGAGCACGGUCCGAGGGUUAACGGCCACCCAAAGAUGGAACGCCAUCUUGCAGGCUACGAGAGUUCGUCCACACUUCUCAGCAGUGAGCUGGAAACCACCAGUUUCUGUGAUUCAGACGAGGAUGAUGCAGCCAGCAGGUUCAGCAGCUCCACCGAACAAAGCAACACGUCCCGGAUCCUGAAACGUCACCGACGCAGGCGGAAGCAGCGGCCCCCUCGUCUCGAGCGGGCCUCGUCGUUCAGCAGCGUGACGGAUUCCACCAUGUCCCUGAACAUCAUCACAGUCACACUAAACAUGGAGAAGUACAACUUCUUGGGCAUCAGUAUCGUUGGUCAGAGCAACGAGCGAGGUGACGGAGGGAUCUACAUCGGCUCCAUCAUGAAAGGUGGAGCAGUGGCAGCGGAUGGGAGGAUCGAACCUGGCGACAUGCUGCUACAGGUGAACGACAUCAACUUUGAGAACAUGAGCAAUGAUGAUGCUGUGCGGGUUCUCCGGGAGAUCGUGCACAAGCCUGGGCCAAUCAUUUUAACAGUUGCCAAGUGCUGGGACCCAUCGCCUCAGGGUUAUUUUACAUUGCCCAGAAGUGCCCUUCCCUCACUGAGAUUCUCUGUGCCUCUUUCCGUAGAUGAGCCCAUCAGGCCCAUUGACCCAGCGGCCUGGGUUUCCCAUUCAGUGGCGCUGACGGGAGCCUACCCAGCUUACGGUGCCAGUUCAUCCAUGAGCACUAUUACUUCCAGCAGCUCCAUCACCGAAACCGAGCGGUUCGAUGACUUUAACCUGUCGAUCCACACGGACAUGAUGUCGGUAGCCAAGGCCAUGGCCUCACCAGAGUCUGGCCUGGAGGUUCGGGACCGCAUGUGGUUGAAGAUCACCAUCCCCAAUGCCUUUUUAGGUUCUGACGUGGUGGACUGGCUCUACCACCACAUCGAGGGCUUCCAGGAUCGCAGGGAGGCGAGGAAGUACGCCAGCAACCUGCUGAAGGCUGGUUUCAUUCGCCACACCGUCAACAAGAUCACCUUCUCCGAGCAGUGCUACUACAUCUUCGGCGACUUCAGCGGCUGCGAGAAUUAUCUGGCCAACCUGUCGCUGAACGACAACGACGGCUCGAGCGGUGCCUCUGACCAGGAUACACUGGCCCCCCUUCCACACCCCGCCACCACCCCCUGGCCUAUCAUGCACUCCUUCCAGUACCCCUACCCGCCACCCCACCCCUACUCCGCACAGCCACCCAGCUACCACGAACUCACCACCUACAGCUAUGGUGGAGGCGGUAGUGCCGGCAGCCAGCACAGUGAAGGAAGCCGGAGCAGCGGGUCUAACCGCAGUGAGAGUGAGCGCCGGGGAUUGAAGGACAAGGACGGCAAGGCGGUGGAGUCCAAGUCGGGCAGCGGCAGUGAGUCGGAGGUGUCGACACGGAGCGGCGUGCGGAGGGACGGAGCCGCCAGCGAGCGCUCUGGCCCCAUUAGCGAGUUGAGCCACCGCAGCCACCACCACUCUGCCGUGGGCAGCGUACGCUCCCACCACUCGGCUCCCGUGCACGCCUUCCCACCGCCCGGCGUCCCCCUGCAGUACAACCCCCUGAUGGUGAUGAUGGUGCCUCAGCCCCCCUCCACCGUGCCCCCCGGAGCUCCUCCUGUCCGGGACCUCGGCUCCGUACCUCCCGAGCUGACUGCCAGCCGUCAGUCCUUCCACAUGGCCAUGGGGAACCCCAGCGAGUUCUUUGUAGACGUCAUGUAACGGAGACAGACCCUGCGCCCCCCCCCCCCUCCCCUCACAUGGGGACGGGACCACCGAGACCAACACCGACUGUUGCUGGAGAAUCCCCCACACAAGUAUUUUAACACAAACUGCGUUUUAGUAUAAUUUAAUUGAAGUAUGAUUAACAAGUGCAAUUCUAGCCAUUUUUAUCCUUUUUUUGUAUUAUAAACCAAGACCACACUAAAUCUGCCUGUGGAUUUAGUGGUACAAACCCUGCUCUCAAAUCAUCACCUGGAGACCAGACCUGGCGGUAACUGCGCCACAAACUCCCCCCAUCGGCAGGCAGUUCUCACCUGGAGACCAAACUCCCCGGCGGUAACUACACUACAAACUUUCCUCCCCCCCCCCCAGGCAGUUUAGUGCCCACAGGGUGCGAAGGGUAGACAUGUACGCCAGUCUCCCCCGUGCCUUGCAGAUAAGACACAAAGUGCCGGAGUCACUCGGCGGGUCAGGCAGCAUCUGUGGAGAAAAGGAACAGGUGAUGUUUCGGUCGAGACCAUUCUUUUAAAUACCUUUUUUUAGAACACAAGUAUCUCGAUUAUGUUUUUUUGGAAUGUUUUUUGAAGAAAGCAAUAAUCAGUUCAUUAGUGCAAGAUUGCGAUGAUUUUUGUUUCUUAGAAAAAAUAAAAUGAAACUUAGUCUUUACAGCAA